AUGGCUGAAGCUACCUCACAUACCUCGGGUGCGCAAGACAAGCGCGCCCAGUUGGACGAUCUCAUUGCUCGCGCGGCGGCCAAAGAUGCGACGAAAGAUUACAAUUCCGCUUCGGAGCUCUAUUCUCAGGCCACCGAAUUACAGGCAGAGCUCAACGGUGAGCUGUCGCCAGAGAACGCCGACCUUCUUUACGCCUACGGCAAGUCUUUAUUCAAUGUUGCCGUGAGCAAGAGUGAUGUCCUGGGAACUAAGGUGGCCGACCCGCAGCCACAGACCGUGCCUUCAGUACAUGCGACAUCUGCCGGUUCGACUAGUGCUGGUGAGAACCGGGUCAAAGAUACCAUCUCGAAUGCUAUGACAAAGAACGUCUCCUCUGGGAAAGAGGUGGUCACACCUUCCGAAUCCGCCCCGACCAAGCCCUUCUUUCAGUUUACUGGCGAUGAGAAUUUCGUCGAUUCCGAUUCAGAUGAUGAGGAUAACGGCGAGGCCGACGGCGAAGAGGAAGAAGAUGACUUUGCAAAUGCCUUUGAGGUUCUGGAUUUGGCGCGUAUUCUCUUUGUUAAGAAGCUGGAUGCUGCGGAUGAGCGCAGUACCGCGAAAGGCAAAUCAACCGAGCUACCGGCGAACGUGAGACAUAUCAAAGAACGACUUGCCGACACGUAUGACCUCCAAGCCGAGAUCUCUCUGGAAGCCGAGAGAUUCUCCGACGCAGUGACUGAUUUGCGGACCUCUCUCGACCUUCGAAACUCCUUGUUCCCAUUUGAGGACCCCUCGGUCGCCGAAUGCCAUUUCAAACUGUCUCUUGCAUUGGAAUUUGCAUCCGUCUCACAGCAGGGAGAUGACGAUGACGAAAAAACAAAGACAAUGGACGAAGACAUGCGAAAGGAGGCGGCGACUCAGAUGGAGCGUGCUAUUCAGAGCUGCAAGGUUCGAAUGGCUCAAGAAGAGAACAAGCUGGAAGCCAGUCAGGAUCUGGAUGAGGACAAGGUGACUGUCGCAAAGCGAAAGAUUGCGAAUGUCCAGGAGAUCAUUGCUGACAUGGAGCAACGAUUAAUUGAUCUUCGACGAUCACCCGCAUCGCUCGAGCAACACAACCAGCCAGACGAAGCCAUGCUGAAGGGCAUCCUCGGUCAGAUUGUCGGUCAUUCGCCAACCGAUCAGAAGGCACGCUUGGAUGCAGCCAGCAAAGGAGCAACAGACCUCUCGUCCUGGUCCGGCGAAAGCAUAAAAAGUCAGCUCAGCAAGAAGCGUCUGCGGUCAAACGCCCCGCCGAGGAUGAAUCGCCGGAGGGAGAGACAAAACGUGCGCGGGUGGACAAUGAGUGAUACCUCAGCCAUCUCAUUGACUAUUUUCCCCAACGUCACUGGAGCAUUUCGUGAAACUGGACCUGUUCUUACACAUUUCAAGAAUACUACCAUACCACUUGACCAUUAUCAGUUAUAA